AUAGUCUAUGACAAAAAAAUGACAGAUCAUCAACAAACCACGGGAUUGGGGAUGUGAUUUAUUUAUUUUUAUAAUUUUCUGUGUGAAAAAGCUGGGUAUUAUUUCAAAUUUAACAGUAUCAGGUGAUUUUCUUGUUAGAACUGAUAGUAAAAGUUCUUCAAUACCGUUUUCUAUAAGCUCGAGUGAAGUUUUGUCGUGUCACACUGGGAACGUCAUUGGGCGAUGCCGGAGACGAGCGAAGCGCGGGCGAGCGCGUCAGCGCCGGGAGGCAAUGCUGACGGGGAGGAAGACAAACAUGAUGAGCGUAUGUUGGAAUGCAACAUCUGCCUGGACACGGCUCGGGACGCCGUCGUCAGCAUGUGCGGACACCUGUUCUGUUGGCCCUGUUUGCACCAGUGGCUGGAGACGCGGCCGAGCCGGCAGGUGUGCCCCGUGUGCAAGGCGGCCAUCAGUCGCGACAAAGUGAUCCCGCUGUACGGCAGGGGCAACACUAAACAGGAGGAUCCUAGGAAUAAGGUGCCACCGCGGCCGGCGGGGCAGCGCACGGAGCCCGAGAACACGACUGGCUUCCCCGGCUUCGGGUUCGGCGAGGGCUUCCACAUGUCUUUCGGCAUCGGCGCCUUCCCCUUCGGCGUGUUCACGUCCACCUUCAACUUCGGUGAUCCCAGACCCAGUGCCGCUCCCCGCGGCACGGCGCAGUAUGAGGAGGAGCAGUUCCUGUCGAAGAUAUUCCUGUGGGUGGCCAUCCUGUUCGUGCUGUGGCUGAUCUUCGCAUGACCGCCGGGCAGGCCCCGCCGGCCCCGGGCCGCGCGAUGCUCCCCGCUGACUUGCCUCCGACACCGCUCUGCGUUUCGGUAUGUUUACACUUUGCUCGAUCCUACCCAAAUUCUCCCCAUUUCCUUUACAAGUAAUUUUAAGAAAUUCUCGGUGGAGUUGUCCACCCCGAAAAGGUGCGAUUGUAUAAAAUGUUUUGUAUUGUAAUCGUAUUUGAGUUGUUCACAUGUGAAUGUCUCAGCUAAGAUAUCGUCUUACUUACGUCGUCGUUGUGACAAGUUCAGUAGGGCUAAGUGGGAGUGACACGUCGUAACAGACAGUUGAUAUUUCAUUUUAGUCCGUCACAUCAGUGUAAUUAGGUCGGAAUUCGACAGCUCACAUGAAAUUGAUAGAAUCGAUUGAAGUUCAUUUGUAGCAUAUUGUGGGACGACAAUGUAUAGCAAGAUUUAAAUGAUAUUGUAGUAAAUUGAUAUAUUUAUCUACAACUUUUGCAAGUAUGAAAUGGUCAACAUUUAUUUUGUUAUUGUAUAAAAUGUUGGAUUAGCAAGUCUGUAAUGUUAAAGAUUUGUAUAACUAACAGCCAGUUUCUUCAUCAAAAGUUAAGCCAAAGUAAAAGUCAAAGUAACGUCUAAAGUAAAAGUAACGGUCAAAUUCAAUUUUUCUAUUAGUUUUGCUGUCACUUUAGCCUUGAAAAACGUAUUUGACCGUUACUUUUACUUUAGACAUUACUUUAACUUUAACUUUUGAUGAAGAAACUGGCCGUUAGUACUCAAAGCUAUUGAAAUUGUGUUAACUUUAGUGACUUGCCAUUUCGAUAUCUUAGAGAAUUGCACUGAAACUGUGGGAUUUUUCCAAAUUAGUGUGUUAAAACAUCUAUGAUGAUCUAUCGGAUUAAUCUAAAACAUACUUAAAUAUCGUAAAGGUAGCUAAAUAUGUCAGAACGCUGUAAUUCCACUAACAGCCCGUUCUGCAAAAUAAUUGCAAUUAUAAGACACGGAUUAAAUGUUUAAUAAUAAAAUAUGCAAAAUAUGAAGCAAAUAAACUGCUCUCCCUAUCACAGACACACUAAAGUAAAAUUUGCAAAAAUAUUUAGAAUAAUAGCUUUAGUUUUUACAUCUAGACACUCAUUGACAUGUUCUGUCGGAACAUUUAGAGCAGAUUCUUAUAAAGAGAUUAAUUAUUCGGACGUAUUUGCUCGAACUGGCAGUGGUCAGUUGUAGGUAAGAAUCGAGCUUGCACGAGCUUACAAAGCUGAUAAUGAUAUGAGCGAAUACCCCGUCAGUUUAGAACCGCUCUUACGUCAUUUUUAUACACCAUAAUUAUUAAUUCGGUAACUAUAAAAUAUGCAUUCUACUUAUCUAAUUAAGACAAUGACAUGUAAAUGAGUCUUUAGAUAAUUUUAUAGAAUAGAUUUAUUUUAAAAGAAAUCAUGAAAAGAGAGUCUUCAGAACAUCUUUAAGGGAAAUUUUACGACUCGUUAUAAAAAUGUAAUGUAAAUUAUUGUUUUCAAAUGUGAACAUGUCGUCACCGCACUCAUUUAUUUAUUUAGCCUUGUUUGACACUGCCGUAAUGUGGGUCUGCUAUCAAUAGGUUUACUGCACUUCUUACUAACAUGUGAACGAAUCUUGAGUUUACGAAUGUCGAUAUUUUAUCAACUAUCCAUCCUUUCCAUCGAAGUGAUUGCUGACGCCAGAAUUGGAACGUUGAUUCAUAAUGUGACAGUUCCCAAAAAUUACGCCAAAAUAGACCUUAUGCCUUGUUAUUAGAAGUCUCAGAAACGGCAAGUUACUCGUUCUGGUUCUGGUGUUAACAAUAACAUACAAAAUGAUGAUGACCACUAUACAUGGAAAUAUCGAUAGUUAAAUCAGAAAAGUAUUUAGUCAAAACAUGUUUUCCAGAUUCAUUUGCAAUAAUCUAAGCAGCUAAUAUAUAGUAUUGUUACUCAAUGAAAUGCUAUUCUAAUCGAGUUAUUAUAUCGACUUAAUGUGCACUUAUAUCAAUAAUUAAAUUUCAUUUCGUUUCAUCGAUGCUUCGAAGCAUGCUUUUGGUGCAUUAAAACUAAUAUUAUCAUGUUACUUGUGUAUAUAAACCCGUGUUAACGUUACAGGGGCCUUCAUUAUCAGUCGGUACGCUAGUAGGGUAGGUAGGGCUAGUCUGCAACAUCCACUGCUGUAUAACCUUGUAUUUGUGUACAAACUACGUAGACCACUCGAAGCAUAUGACUAUGAGGCGCAUGAUUAAGCGUCGGAUGUAAAUUCAGCCUUAUUUAUAAAUUGAAACUUAGAUGCGGCUUGCUAUAGAACACCAAGAUGUGUAGUUGAGUAAUAUUUAAAUCUUACCUUGCACAAGUUUGCCAUCACUGCGCCACAUACCAGUAACAUUUAUAAUCUGUGUAUUUUGUACACAGCUCAUAGUUAUUAUUAUUAUGGACACAAAGCUUAUAGGUUUUGGAUGUCUGAAAGAGUAUAAAUUAUAUUUUAUUUUAGUAUGGAGGUGUGACUACAUAUUGUAUGAUAGUUGUUUGCAUAGCGUUGCGAAUACUCGGAAAGACGUAUAAUAUAUGAAUUGGUAGAUUUUAUGUUAAUAUUCCUGUAAUGAUAAGUGUAUAUAUAAUUAUUGUAUUGUAUAUCAAACUAAUUACGUUGUGAUGGGAGGGUUUGUUUUGAUUGUAAAUUUGAAAAUAAAGAUACGUGAUGCUAA